AUGUCUACUGACAAGAUUACCUUUCUCACCAACUGGCACGCGACGCCCUAUCAUGCCCCGUUGUACCUCGCCCAGAGCAAGGGCUUCUUCAAGGAGGAAGACCUGAAGGUUGCUCUGUUGGAACCCAACGACCCCUCCGAUGUUACCGAGAUCAUCGGUAGUGGCAAGGUCGACAUGGGCUUCAAGGCCAUGAUCCAUACCCUUGCUGCCAAAGCUCGGAACUUCCCCGUCACCUCGAUCGGUUCCCUGCUGGACGAGCCGUUCACCGGCGUUGUCUACCUCAAGGACAGUGGAAUCACCGAGGACUUCCGCUCCUUGAAGGGCAAGAAGAUCGGCUAUGUCGGCGAGUUUGGCAAGAUCCAAAUCGACGAGCUCACCAAGUACUACGGCAUGACUGCCGAUGAUUACACUGCCGUCCGUUGCGGCAUGAACGUCACCAAGGCCAUCAUCCGCGGCGACAUCGAUGCAGGCAUUGGACUUGAGAACGUGCAGAUGGUUGAGUUGGCCGAGUGGCUGGCCUCUCAGAACCGCCCUCGGGACGACGUCCAGAUGCUCCGUAUCGACCAGCUGGCCGAGCUGGGCUGCUGCUGCUUCUGCUCCAUCCUGUACAUCGCCAACGACCCCUUCCUGGCCGCCAACCCCGAAAAGGUGCAGAAGUUCAUGCGGGCCGUGAAGCGUGCCACCGAGUACGUCCUCGCCGAGCCGGCCAAGGCCUACGAGGAAUACGUUGACAUCAAGCCUAUCAUGGGAACCCCCGUGAACCGCAAGAUCUUCGAGCGCUCGUUCGCCUACUUCAGCCGUGACCUGAAGAACGUGUCUCGCGACUGGGCCAAGGUGACCAACUACGGCAAGCGUCUGGGCAUCUUGGACCCCAACUUUGCGCCCAACUACACCAACGAGUACCUGUCCUGGAAACUGGACGGGGACUCCUCGGACCCUCUGGGUGACCAGAAGCGCAUGGCCGAGCUGCAGAAGCAGGUUGCUUCCGAGGGAGGCUUCAAGCGCCUGGAGGUCGCUUCGUCGGCUUAA